AUGAGAAAAGCAUCUGUUGAGUCAGAACAACCACAACAAACACAAACACUCGAUCGUAUGAUUGAAGACAUUAUGAACAAGGAUCAAGUAACUCUUCCGAUUGGGUAUUGCAAGGAUGAUUUGGAAAUUAUUUGUGAAGCCAUUAAAUCGGUAUCUUCUCUUCGGAAGCUUACAUUUAUUGGAGAGAUUUCUAAUGAACGGACUCGAAAUGAUAGUUUUUUGAAUGUGGAUGAAUUUACCAUGUUGUGGACAAGUAUUUUGGAAGGUGAAAGUCCAUUGGAAUCGGUUGGAUUUUUAUCGAUGCAUUUGAAUGAUGAACAUUUGAAUGCCAUGAAAAAUAGUUUGAAAGAAUUAUCAAGCUCGAGUGUGGCAGUGACUUCCAUGACAUCCAUUGUAUUGAUUGGAAAUGAAUUUAGUUCAGAAUUGAUGAAAGAGGUAUCGGAAGAAUUUAAAAAAUUGAUGAAAAAUAUCAAGGAAAUUGUUUUUGAUGUUCCAUCAUCGGUUGUAUCCAAAGAUGAAAACACCUCUGAGAUUGAAAAGAAAUUGGCUGAAUUAACUGUAUGA